AUGGAUCGAGCACUUCGAAAUGCACUUCACAAUCAUGUUAUUAUUGUCAUGGUCUUUGUUGAUCUUAUCUUGCAAUUUAUUGAUGUUACGGCGCUCACUUACUACUGGCGUACCGGUACUGCAUUAGUAUCCACAAGAGCCUUUUGUUUUACCUGGGUGUCCAUUCAUUCCAUUGGGAUUGUAGGAGCAAUAAAUCUAGUGGCUUGGGCAUCGAUUGAACGUCAUAUUCUUAUCUUUCAUCCAAAACUGGUUCGUACAAAAACAAAGCGAUUUUUUCUUCAUUAUCUCCCAUUGGUUAUAUGUAUGAUGUGUCCUGGCGUAUUUUAUGUUACUAUCUUCUUCAUUGUACCUUGUUCUAUUACAAUGGAUUACACAAAAAUAGAUUGUGGUUAUUAUUCCUGUAUCGGUGUUAUCCGGUCAGUUGGAUUUGUGGCCCUUAUUAUACGUGUGCUGGCUAGUAAAUACCGCGCUGGCCAACAAAUUCAAUGGCGUAAUUACAGAAAAAUGGCCAUUCAAUUAUUAUCAAUAUCUUUUCUCUAUAUCUUUCUAUGCUGUCCGUCAAUUUUUAUAUAUACUGCCUAUAUGGCUGGUUUACCACAAAAUAUAGCUACCGGUUUCUAUUCUGAUAUGAGCUAUUUUAGUUACUAUGCUCGAACGCUCACUCCUUUUAUAUGUGCUCUCUCAAUGCCUGAACUUCGAACCAAAUUUAAAAUAUGUUUUCCAUGCUGCCGAAGACGUCGUGCUGCUGUUGGUCCACAAGUAUUAAUGAUGACUCGUACAAAAGCAGGCCCAACAGCGGGUCCAACAGCAGGCCUAACCGCGGGUCCAACAGCAGGCCCAACCGCGGGUCCAACAGCUGCAAUAGCAGCAAUUGCUCAAUAA